CUUUUAUCAUGUGAUUCCAAAUCUUCUUUUCCCUUUCCCACAUGAUUAACUUUGUCACAUCACAGGAUCGGCAUUAAAUCGAGUCAAUCUAUCAUUUCAUACAAAACGGCAAAAGGGAAGAAAAAGAGGGGGCAAAAAGGAAAAUGAUCCAAGCUUAUUAGGCGACCUCCCGACGAAACAUUCUUCAGCAUGGCCCCCCCUUCUCCAGAUGCAUGUCUCAACAAACACUUGCAUGAAACUCGCAUCUUCAUCUCAGACAGCCACUUGCGAAGCCCUCCCUCCUUUUUUUUCCUGUGCCGCGCUAUAGAAAAGAAACCGCCGCCUCGUACCCUGGAUGUAGAAUCUACAGUAGUUGGAUGUAUCAGAGGUCCCCCUCACCUCACAUUUGCCCCUCCGUUGCUGCAUUGGAAGGAUUUUCCAUCUUCCGUUGCUGUUGGGUUUCUUUGCAUUUUUUUCUGUUUUUUUCUUCAUGUACCCCAAAAGGAUUGACGAAUCGUGUUUCGCUGAAGAGUCACUUUUUCUUCUGUUUCAUGCUGUGUUACCUGAGUAGUGCAGCACCAGCCUAUCAAAACUGCAGAGACAGCAAAGCUGGAUUGGUUUCCGCAUACGGUAGGUACAUGUAAUAGUACCAAAGAAGAUGGACAUACAAAGCCCAAAUAAGAGAAACCCCGAGCAAAAAGGCGCAACUUGCUGGAAAUCUCUCCGAAUCGCUCUCCCCCAGCCUUUUUCUCUCAAAGUUCGCUUUUUAGUUUAGCAGCUUCGCCUAGCAA